UAGCCAGCAUAUGAUUCAGCAGAGCUUUGUAGGAAAAAAAGUAUAAAGUUGAAAAACGACCCCAAAAGGGCUCUGGAAGUAGUGGACUUUUUCCCCUUCCUGGAAUCACUACCGGCAGCAUCUAUGAACUUCUGACUGUAUAACUGAAGAACCCACCACGAUGACAAAGUAGUGACUUCUAAAGAGCAGCCAACAAGCACUUAGGGACCAGCAAGUACAGAAUACAUCUGCGAACAUGCCAGAAAUAGCCCUUUUGUUGCUAAUGUCCUUGAACUUGGUUCAUGGAGCUUUUUAUGCUGAGAGAUACCAAACACCUACGGGUGUAAAAGGCCCACUAGCCAACACCAAGACACAGUUCUUCAUUCCCUAUGCCAUAAAGAGUAAAGGUAUACCAGUAAGAGGAGAGCAAGGUAUUCCUGGUCCACCAGGCCCCACUGGACCUCGAGGGCACCCAGGUCCCUCUGGGCCACCAGGAAAGCCAGGCUACGGAAGUCCUGGACUCCAAGGAGAGCCAGGGUUGCCAGGACCACCAGGACCAUCAGGCACCGGGAAGCCAGGCAUGCCAGGACUACCCGGAAAACAAGGGGAGAGAGGACCAUAUGGACCGAAAGGAGAUAUUGGACCAGCUGGUUUACCAGGACCACGGGGUCCCCCAGGACCACCUGGAAUUCCUGGCCCAGCUGGAAUUUCUGUUUCAGGAAAACCUGGACAACAGGGACCCCCAGGAGCCCCUGGGCCCAGAGGCAUUCCUGGAGAAAAGGGUGCACCAGGAGUCCCUGGUGUGAAUGGACAGAAAGGGGAAACUGGAUAUGGUACUCCUGGCCGCCCAGGUGAGAGGGGCCUUCCAGGUCCUCAGGGUCCCAUGGGUCCACCUGGCCCUCCUGGAGUGGGAAAAAGAGGUGAAAAUGGGUUUCCAGGACAGCCAGGUAUCAAAGGUGAUCGGGGCUUUCCGGGGGAAAGGGGACUAGCUGGCCCACCAGGCCCCCAAGGUCCUCCUGGGGAACGAGGGGCCGAAGGCAUUGGAAAGCCAGGAGCCAGUGGAGCGCCAGGCCAGCCAGGGGUUCCGGGAACCAAAGGUCACCCUGGGGCUCCGGGAGUAGCUGGGCCCCCAGGGCCUCCUGGCUUUGGGAAACCAGGCUUGCCAGGCCUGAAGGGACAAAGAGGACCCGCUGGCCUUCCAGGGGCUCCAGGUGCCAAAGGGGAACAAGGUCCAGCAGGCCGUCCUGGGGAGCCAGGUCUGCCUGGACCCCCUGGAAAUAUGGGGCCCCAAGGACCAAAAGGCAUCCCAGGCAACCACGGGGUUCCAGGCCCUAAAGGUGAGACGGGGCCAGUCGGACCUGCAGGACACCCUGGGGCUAAGGGAGAAAGGGGUUCCUCUGGUUUAGAUGGAAAACCAGGGUACCCGGGAGAACCAGGUCUCAGUGGUCCUAAGGGUAACCCAGGGUUACCAGGCCCAAAAGGUGAUCCUGGAGUGCAAGGACCUCCUGGUCUCCCAGGCCCUGGGGGCCCAUCAGGAGUUAAGGGAAUGCCUGGACACAACGGUGAGGCAGGUCCAAGAGGUGCUCCUGGAAUACCAGGUACCAGAGGCCCCAUUGGGCCACCAGGUAUUCCAGGAUUCCCUGGACCUAAAGGGGAUCCAGGAACCCCAGGUCUUCCGGGCCCAGCUGGCAUAGCAACUAAGGGCCUCAAUGGACCCAGUGGGCCACCAGGACCCCCAGGUCCGAGAGGCCACGCUGGAGAGCCUGGCCUUCCAGGGCCCCCAGGCCCCCCAGGACCCCCAGGCCAAGCAGUCCUUCCUGAGGGCUCUAUAAAGGCAGGCCAAAGGCCUCUUGUUAGUGCCAGCCAGGGUGUGACAGGAAUGCCAGUGUCUGCUUUCACUGUUAUUCUCUCUAAAGCUUACCCAGCUAUAGGAGCUCCCAUCCCAUUUGAUAAGAUUCUGUAUAACAGGCAACAGCAUUAUGACCCAAGAACUGGAAUUUUCACCUGCAGGAUACCCGGAAUAUACUAUUUCUCCUACCACGUGCAUGUCAAAGGGACCCAUGUUUGGGUAGGUCUGUAUAAGAAUGGCACCCCUAUAAUGUACACGUAUGAUGAAUAUGCCAAAGGCUACCUGGACCAGGCUUCAGGCAGUGCCAUAGUCGAUCUCACGGAAAAUGACCAGGUGUGGCUCCAACUGCCCAACGCCGAGUCCAAUGGCCUGUACUCCUCUGAGUACGUCCACUCCUCCUUCUCAGGAUUUUUAGUGGCUCCGAUGUGAGCACGUUCCCACCAAGCUAAACUAAAUCUGCUUGAAAAGGCGUCCCCCAACUUCACCCCGCCCCACCAAAUGCACAUGGAGGUAGGCUGAAAACGAUGUCGCUCAUUUUAAUCUUCCAAAAUACAGAUAUGAGCUUUCAGACCAACCAAUUUUCCCUCUGAAAAAGCAAGUGGCAAUGGUAAAAAAUACGUGAAGACCCUCUCAAAUUUCUAAUCAGCAAUCCUAAGACUCUUUAAAGUUUUCUGUGAAGUCCUUCAGUACUGAAAAAUUUCACCACAAAAGCCCUACUAAGCUAAAAUGUAAAAUGAUCACAAACAACCCUGAUCGGUGAUGCUGUUAUGAUAAAUUUGAUUUUAGAAUCUCAGCAUUUGCCUGAUUCUAACAAUUAUCAGAACUUCUAGGAAACAUUAAGGAGGUAUCAUAUCUGUAUAAAACUUAAAUACUUGAAUAUUCAAAUUUAAAAGACAUAUUAUACCGUAGGAUCUUUCAGAUGGUGCAUUACUCAAGGCUUACACGGCCACGUGCGUCAAUAUCUAUUCAAAUAUAGAGGUGCAUACAGACUUUUUAUGACUCUCAUAAAAAAUAAAAAAUAUUAUGUUAAAAUUAACCUGAAAUGCAACCACGGUGCUUUAGUCAUGAGCCUUUCCAAACUUUUCUGUGACUGCAGAGAAGCUUUCUAUACACCCUUCACAACUUGGAAGCAGGUGCCUCACCUAUUGUGUUUAUUUAACACAAGUGUGAUUCAUUUGAUUUAAUUCCCUUGAGUUUUAUGUCAUAUGACUUUGUGGGUUUACAGUAUGUACCUGUGCCUCCCAUUCCAGUGAAAUAAUAAGUAAUGUCAAGGGUUUCAAAAAUUGCCCAGAACUGAAAAGAUAUUAUUUAUUUAUGCUCUGUACUGUAUUUUUAUAUUGCUGUUUAAAACUUAUAAGCUGUGCCUCACUUAUUAAAGCACGAAAUGUUUUUCCUACUU